CAGUCUCCCCUUGUUCCCCCGCUUGUUAAUAUGGAAUUUAAAUGAAGCAAUUACAGCUUAUUAAAGGCAGUUUUUCUUGAGAAAAAAAGAAUUAGAAAUUUUUGUGUACUAUGAACGACGAUGAAACCUAAAAAAAUUAAGGAGAAAUUUUUGAUAUUAUGUUUGGGAUUUAUGUGCUUAGUAAAAUACUCAAAUAGCCGAAAAUGGUCUGAGAAAAAAAGUAAUGCAAAUAAAAAAUUUGUGAGCGUACGAUACAAUAGUUUCAGACAUGAAAGAGAACUUCGGAUUGCUUUCAAAGGAAUUUUUAUGUUGGAGACCACCGCAUUUUUGGACUCUAUUUAUGAAACAAAAUUGCAUCAAAUCACGGAUGGUAGCAAACUGAUACAAACUGUUUACCAGAAUGGUGUCAUCAAAGACUGUGAGUUCUCAGUAGAAAACGCUACCAUUCUGCAGUUCGUGCAGGAUUUUGCUAACGAUUCUAAAAUUUUCUACCGAAAAGAACAAGGUGACGUGUUUUCUCUGUACAAUUCCAAUGCUCGUGAUACAAACUCCAGUGCUCUUGUGUUUUUUCGCCGGAGAAAGUUUUUGCAGAAUUUUAGAGAUCUGAUCAAGAUCAGACACGAUAUUAAACUUUGCCACAAAAUUGCAAAUAAAAUCAAACGAAACCAUCGUCUUCCACGGGAAGAACUUAUUCCGGUGUACGAUGUUGAAAUCUCUCCAACAAACGACAAAGGAGGAACCAGAAGAAGCAAGCGCUCCUCUCUGUUUGCCAGCUUCCUGAUGUACCCCGGCACCAGAUGGUGUGGGAGGGGACAACUGGCCACUGAGUACGACGAUUUAGGGGAGGAUAACGAGUUAGACGUGUGCUGCCGGGACCACGAUCUCUGCCAUCACAUCAUAGAGCCUUUCACCAAGAAGUUCCACUACUUUAAUUUCCGCUUCCACGCUGUGUUGCAUUGUAAAUGCGAUCAAGAAUUUCGACAUUGUCUUCAACAAUCGCUUUCGCCAAAUGCGAACUUUUUGGGAAAAAUAUACUUCAACAUAAUGGGAUCAAAGUGCUUCGUGUUCAAAGAAACGUCUGUUUGUAAAGCGUACACGUGGUACGGAACUUGCUCAGAGUAUAAAACAGACACAGUUGCGCACAUCAAGACACAGCCGUAUUUUACAUAACUCAAACCAAGGCGCCGAGUGACAAAAAUCACUAUCCAAGCUAUUUUUUCCACAUUAUUUUCUCAGGAAUCAUUCAACAACAAUUCUGGCAAUUAUUUUCCAGAAUUUCGCAUGCAUUCAUAUUUUCAAAAUAUAUUUAUUGAACUUUAACCAAAUUUUUACUCUUCUGUAAAU